GAGGAGGACAGUGGUGUCCUGUAUGAGGCUGGUCAAUAAAAGCAUGACUCUGGUGAAUGACAGCCUCUGCAAACCAGAGAACAGGCCGUUACCCCAAGUACGACGCUGCAACUCACACCCCUGCCAGUACAGGUGGGUGACAGGGGAGUGGGGCCAGUGCUCGGUGACGUGUGGGAAGGGUCUCCAGCUGCGUGAGGUGGGCUGUGUGUACCAGCUGCAGAACGGAUCCCUUAUCCACACACGGGACUUGUACUGCCAGGGGGGCAAACCCCCCGCCCUGCAGGGCUGCGAGGGACGCCACUGCCUCACUGCCUGGGAGGCCUCUGAGUGGUCCAAGUGUUCUUCAGACUGUGGCAGUGGGGUCCGUCGGAGGACAGUGAGGUGCACCAACCCCCAGGGGAACUGUGACCCCCUCUCUCAGCCUGCUGACCAGGAGCUCUGUGAGGACCACUCCAAAUGUUACGAGUGGAAGACUGGGGACUGGUCCAAGUGCUCGUCAUCCUGUGGGAAGGGCCUGCAGUCCAGAGUGGUCCAAUGUAUGCACAGAGUGACAGGUCGCCACGGUAAUGACUGCCCCGUGGUGUUCAGACCACCCACCUACCGGCCCUGUCACCAGGAGGCCUGCAAUGACAAAGUCAACGUCAACACCAUCACCUCCCCCAGAUUAGCUGCUCUGACCUACAAGUGCACAGGAGACCAGUGGACUGUGUACUGCCGUGUGAUCCGGGAGAAGAACCUGUGCCAGGACAUGAGAUGGUACCAGCGCUGCUGCGACACCUGCAGAGACUUCUACGCCAACAAAACACCCCGCAAGAGUUAAUGAUGAAAGCACUCACACACAUAACUGUACACAGACAGACACACACACACUUCACCUAGGGCUACGACUUUAGAUGCUUCUGUAACACUUGACUUAAAGCUUGCGGGUAUAAUGCUUUGUAAGUCGUUAUAAGCAUGAAUGAGCCUUUAUAAUGUGUUAAAAUAAGGCUUAUGAUAUGAUAUGUCUCUCUAUGUAUCAGCAUGUUAACUGACUCAAAAUGUCUGUUAUUUAACCUGCUUCAGGAGAUGAUACUAAUAUAUUGUAAGGGUCUCGUGGCAUGUCUUUAUGCCGGCAGGCUUUAAGUAAAGAGUUACGGAUGGUUUUUCUGAAUUAUUCAUAUUCUUCUUAUUAAUUAUAGGACAUUACAUUUUGGAGAAAAAGUGGAAAUCAGUGCAGAGACCAUUUCAAGUGGGAUCAUAAGCUUGUUGUCAUGAAGACUUGAAAACCUUCUUUAACUUGUUUUAUUGCUAUAAACCAAAGCGAGUGACUUCACAGUCUGGGGAGUCUCUCGGUGGGUAGCCUGUCGCGUCAACGUUUGUUGUACAGUGUGAUUUAACAUUGGCGUUAACAAAUGUGAUAACUCUUUAUGUGGAAAGGUCAUUGUUGUCAGAUUGUCUAUAGAUGCUCAGUGAACUAUCAGAACAUGUCUGAUUUUCAAAUGCACACGCUGAAUCUAAUACAGCUAGGGAGGCUGAAUAUGAGUAAAUCUAUGUUACUUGGAGCGGCAGGUAGCCUAGUGGUUAGAGCUUUGGGCCAGUAACUGAAAGGUUGCUGGAUCAAAUCCCUGAGCUGACAAGGUAAAAAUCAGUUGUUCUGCCCCUGAGCAAGGCACUGUUCCCCGGGCCCUGACGAAGUGGAUGUGGAUUAAGGCAGCACCCUCACCUCUCUGAUUCAGAGGGGUUGGGUUAAAUGCGGAAGACACAUUUCAGUUGAAUACAUUCAGUUGAACAACUGACUAGGUUUCCCCCUUUCCCUUACUUACAUAGAUAGAAUGUAUGUACAUCACAGGAGGCUGGUGAGGGGAGGACUCCUCAUAAUAAUGUCUGGAAUGGAGUGAAUGGAAUGGUAUCAAAUGUUUGUGUUUGAAACCAUUCCAUUUAUUCCGUUCCAUCCGUUAGUAUGAGCCCAUCCUUCCCAAUUAAGGUGCCACCAGCCGCCUGUGACAUACAUACAUUACUUACACACACGUACAUUAAAAGACGUGCAAGGGCUUUGUUAUUGCAUGUUAACAGAGGUGCAGUUGACAUGUAAUACAUCUAAAUGGUAGUUGGUACGUAGCAUGUAGAUCUGUAGGGGACUAUCCAGAUAAAGUGGGCCUGUAUAUUCUCUUGUGUUUAGUUCAGCUGGCCCUGUAUUCACCAAGCCACUGGCUGGCCACUCACUAGACUGGGCCAAGAGACCUGGCUCGUGUUCAUUAGGCACCAGAUGGACUGAAACAGGUAGG